UAGCUCCCUUUCUCCUCGCCUAUACUUACACCUAUAUAUACACUCGUCUCUUCACCCCAAAUCAACAACACAAAGUAUCUCUAAACACUCUCACGAUCAAAAUCGAAUUCUCAGCAUCUCAAAAUUGUGUAAUUAAAAUGGCGGAUAUCGAGACAUUUGCGUUCCAGGCGGAGAUCAACCAGCUGUUAAGCCUGAUCAUCAACACAUUUUACAGUAACAAGGAGAUUUUUCUGCGGGAGCUGGUGAGCAACUCUUCUGAUGCGCUGGAUAAGAUCAGGUUCGAGAGCUUGACUGAUAAGACGAAGCUCGAUGCGCAGCCGGAGCUUUUUAUUCGGAUCGUGCCGGAUAAGGCUAAUAAGACGCUGUCGAUUAUCGAUAGCGGCGUUGGAAUGACUAAAGCAGAUUUGGUGAAUAAUUUGGGGACCAUUGCGAGAUCUGGAACAAAGGAAUUUAUGGAGGCGUUGCAGGCGGGGGCUGAUGUGAGCAUGAUUGGUCAGUUUGGUGUGGGAUUUUACUCUGCUUAUCUUGUUGCGGAGAAGGUUAUUGUGACUACUAAACAUAAUGAUGAUGAGCAGUAUGUUUGGGAGUCACAGGCUGGUGGAUCGUUCACAGUUACUAGAGACACGGAGGGAGAGCAGCUUGGUAGAGGGACUAAGAUCACCCUCUUCCUUAAAGAGGAUCAGUUGGAGUAUUUGGAAGAGAGGAGGAUUAAGGAUCUUAUAAAGAAGCAUUCUGAAUUUAUUAGUUAUCCUAUCUAUCUUUGGACUGAGAAAACCACCGAGAAAGAGAUAAGCGAUGAUGAAGAUGAGGAAAUCAAGAAAGAAGAGGAAGGUGACGUGGAGGAAAUUGAUGAGGACAAAGAGAAAAAAGAGUCCAAGAAAAAGAAAAUCAAAGAGGUUUCUCAUGAAUGGCAGCUCAUUAACAAGCAGAAACCUAUUUGGUUGCGCAAGCCUGAGGAGAUCUCUAAGGAUGAGUAUGCUUCGUUUUACAAGAGCUUGACAAAUGAUUGGGAAGAACAUCUUGCAGUUAAGCACUUCUCUGUGGAGGGUCAACUGGAAUUCAAGGCUAUUUUAUUUGUUCCCAAGAGGGCUCCAUUUGAUUUGUUUGAUACACGGAAGAAGAUGAACAAUAUCAAGCUCUAUGUCCGCAGAGUGUUUAUUAUGGACAACUGCGAAGAGCUAAUUCCAGAGUAUCUUGGUUUUGUAAAGGGAGUUGUUGAUUCCGAUGACCUUCCUCUCAACAUUUCUCGUGAAAUGCUUCAACAGAACAAGAUCCUGAAGGUGAUCAGAAAGAAUCUUGUGAAGAAGUGCAUCGAAAUGUUUAAUGAAAUUGCGGAGAACAAAGAGGAUUACAACAAGUUCUAUGAAGCAUUCUCAAAGAACUUGAAGUUGGGAAUUCAUGAGGAUAGCCAGAACAGGACUAAAUUGGCUGAUCUGCUCAGGUAUCAUUCGACCAAGAGUGGCGAUGAACUUACUAGCUUGAAGGACUAUGUUACAAGAAUGAAGGAAGGUCAAAAGGAUAUCUUUUAUAUUACUGGUGAAAGCAAGAAGGCAGUUGAGAACUCCCCAUUCCUAGAGAGGCUUAAGAAGAAAGGCUAUGAGGUUCUUUUUAUGGUAGAUGCAAUUGAUGAAUAUGCUGUCGGUCAAUUGAAGGAAUACGAUGGGAAGAAGCUGGUUUCUGCGACGAAGGAGGGCUUGAAGCUUGAUGACGAAACUGAAGAGGAAAAGAAGAAAAGGGAGGAGAAAAAGAAGUCAUUCGAAAAUCUCUGCAAGAACAUCAAGGACAUUCUUGGUGACAAGGUGGAAAAGGUGGUCGUGUCCGAUCGUAUUGUAGAUUCCCCCUGUUGUCUCGUGACUGGGGAGUAUGGUUGGACAGCAAAUAUGGAAAGAAUCAUGAAAGCUCAGGCUCUGAGGGACAGCAGCAUGUCUUCUUACAUGUCCAGCAAGAAGACAAUGGAGAUCAAUCCCGAUAAUGGAAUCAUGGAGGAGCUGAGGAAGAGAUCUGAAGCUGAUAAGAACGACAAAUCAGUUAAAGAUCUCGUGAUGCUGUUGUUUGAGACUGCUCUACUGACAUCAGGAUUCAGUCUCGAUGAUCCAAAUGUGUUUGCAGCAAGAAUCCACAGGAUGCUGAAGUUGGGUUUGAGCAUUGACGAUGACGAAGAGGCUGGUGAAGACACUGAGAUGCCUGCACUUGAGGAAGAUGCUAAUGAAGAGAGCAAGAUGGAGGAAGUAGAUUAAGAAACUGUGGAUGUGUUUGCUAUAAUUGUCAGUGUCUCUGUGUUGCUUUAUCGUCUCACAUAUACUCUGUCCGUCUAGAAGUAGAAUUUCUUUUAUAUAAGUGCAAAUUUUUCUAUUAA